AUGGCGUUGAUAGAGGAGAAAUCGUCGUCAUCUCCGCUGGCCUUUCUGGCCGACAAUGCCAUCUCUGCAGCCCUAUCAGACACCUACUCGAGCCUACAAGAGCGAAGGAAACUUCUGGGUCUCGAGAACCCGGGCACCGUCGAUAACAUAGCGCGCGAAGUGCAGAAAGAUGUCCUCCUAUCUAAUUUUAUGUUCUCCGGCCUGCGUUGUGACCUCCAGAAAAUCUUCAGCGUGUCUCCUUUGUUUCGGCUACAGCAUGGAUUCGCAAUGGGAUCGCAAGCUCUCCCGCCCUGGCAGUUGAUGGCCUUGUAUGGAACCUCAAAUGUCUUCAUGCAAGCCGCAUACUCCAGCGACAAGUCACUGACGGCGUGGGGCAACCUGAGAUGGAGUCCCCGAUUCGUGACCAAGACGCAGACCUCGAUCGAUCCUCGUCAGGCGCAGGCAAUGGUGCAGUUUGAAAACGAGUAUACCGGUGAAGAUUUCUCGGCAUCGCUCAAGACCAUAAGCCCUUCCGUCCUCGAGGGUGGGCUGACUGGCAUCGUUAUUGGAAGCUAUCUGCAAUCGGUGACACCGAGAAUCGCGUUGGGUCUCGAGGGCGUCUGGCAAAGAGCCGCGCUCAAUGCCAAACCGGAGACGGCGAUGUCUUACUGUGCCCGAUACAAGGGAACGGACUGGAUUGCCAGCGCUCAAUAUCUUGCGCAAGGGUCAUUGGGAGCAUCAUACUACCGGAAGUUGACCGACAAGGUGGAAGCCGGCGUCGACUGCCAACUGCAGUUCGCUCCCGGCAUGGGUGCUGGCAUGUUUGGUGGCAUUCGUCGUGAAGGCACUACCACGGUUGGGGUCAAGUACAACUUCGCUACGUCCGUCUACCGCGCGCAGGUUGACAGCGCCGGCAAGUUUGGUGUCGUCCUCGAAAAGCGAGUUGCACCGCCGGUGACGUUGACAUUCGCCGCCGAGAUUGACCAGUGGAAGAACACUCACAAGCUCGGUCUUGCAGUCUCGCUGGAAGGCGCUCCAGAAGAAUUGCAGGAGAUCGCUGAGCGGGCCGAUACCUCAAACCAGCUCCCUCCCCCUAUUUAA